AUGUCGAAACUCCUGGCCGACACCCAACUCUUCCGCAAGGGCAGCCCGAACCCCGUCAACGCGGCCACCGAGCUCAAGGGCAAGAUGGUGGCGCUCUUCUUCGGCGCCAAGAACAUUGAUCCCGAGCUGACGGAGAAGCUGAAGGCGCUGUACGCGGCGGGCAAGCCGAUGGGUUUGGAGAUUGUGUUCAUCUCGCACGACGUCAACGAGGACGAGCAAAAGGCGUUCCUGAACGAAUGCCCCGACUGGUUGUACACCAAGUAUGGGGACAGCAAGAGCAUGUAGGUUGGAGGGAAUAUGGUUUGAUAGUCAUUUGAAAAAAUAGCCUUACUUUUUUGAUAAAAAAUGUUAUUUUAGGUCAAAAAUCGGUAAAAAAUUUUUGAGGCACGGGCGCAGCUCGAAAAAAAUGAGAAUAUCAUUUUUCAAACUAAAAAUAUUAUUCUUCAAAAAUCACAAUUGAGCAAUUAAAUGAGCAUUUUUUUGAUUUUUUUUUUGGAUGAUGAAAAGUUUAUAUUUUUUCCGAGCUGCGCCCUAGAUAAUUUUUAAAAGUUUUUAAAACGGUUGAUCGACCUGUUUACUGCCUUUUCAAAGGUUUUUAAAGCUGACAUUAAAAAAAAUUUUUUAUUUUUACAUAGGGCGCAGCUAGGAAAAAACAAAAAAAUUAUUUUUUAAAUUUUGUCGGAAACGAAUAAUCCACCAACUAAAUUCGGCGAUUUUUUUUAUAUUUUUUGUAAAAUUGAAUUUUUUAAUUUUUUCGAACUGCGCCCUAGAUUAUUUUUCGAAUUUUUUGAGACAGUUGACCGUUUUUUAACCCUGUUUCUGAAAUUUCCGAGAGCUCAGAUUUCUUAAAAAAUUAUCUCUUUUUAAUUAUUACAUCGGGCGCAGCUCGGGAAAAUCAAAAAAUUUUGAUUUUGAGAGUUUUUCUUUUUAUCGACUUUUUUUCAUUCCAGCGGUCUCUUACAACGCUACCAGCUCAAGGAAAUCCCCACCGUUGUUGUUGUCCAGCCCGGCGGAACUCCGUUGGAAAACAACGCCGUCAAGGAGAUCAAGGUGAGAAGAACAUUCUUUUUUCCAACUUUUUCUAAUCGUAUUUUACCAUUACUUGUUCAGAAACAAGCCCCUGCUGCUCUGCUCACCGUCUGGAAGAAGAAAACCACCGAAUGA